UUUGUUGUUCUUCCUUGUGUUUCCGAGACGUUCAGGGGCUAAACGGGUUCAACAGCCGCGUCUGCAUGUCUCUGCCAGUUCCCCCCACAAACCGUCUUCUACCGCCCCCGAAUGAAGAUUAACAGGUAUGCCAAAGGAAAAAUAUGAUCCUCCAGAUCCCCGCAGAUGUUACACCAUCAUGUCGGCCGAGGAGGCGUCCAGUGGGAAGAAGUCUCACUGGGCCGAGCUCGAGAUUUCUGGGCGGGUGAGGAGUCUAAGCAGCUCUCUGUGGACUCUAACCCACCUGACGGCGCUGCACAUCAACGACAACAACCUGACCCGCAUCCCGCCGGACAUCGCCAAGCUGCCCAACCUGGUCUACCUGAACCUGUCGUCCAAUAAGCUCCGCAGUCUGCCCGCCGAACUGGGCAACAUGGUCUCUCUCAGGGAAUUGCUUUUAAACAACAAUCUUUUACGAGUUCUGCCUUAUGAACUUGGGAGGCUUUUCCAGUUACAAACUCUGGGGCUAAAAGGAAACCCUUUGUCCCAAGACAUCCUCAACCUGUACCAGGAGCUGGACGGAACCAGGAAGCUUUUGAACUACAUGCUCGACAAUCUAGCAGUUCACCCAGAGCAGCUCCCCCAAAGACCUUGGAUCACUCUGAAAGAGCGAGACCAAAUGAUGCCCACAGCGACGUUCACAGUCAUGUGCUACAACGUGCUGUGCGAUAAAUACGCCACGCGGCAGCUCUACGGCUACUGUCCAUCCUGGGCCCUGAACUGGGAAUACAGGAAGAAAGGCAUCAUGGAGGAAAUCACCAGCUGUGAUGCCGACAUCAUCAGUCUGCAGGAGGUGGAGACGGAGCAGUACUACACCAUGUUUCUGGAAACACUAAAGGAACGCGGCUACAACGGCUACUUCUGUCCAAAAUCUCGUGCCAAACUGGUUUCUGAGCAGGAGAGGAAACACGUGGACGGCUGUGCGGUGUUCUUCAAGACCGAGAAGUUUACUUUGGUCCAGAACCACACUGUGGAGUUCAACCAGGUGGCCAUGGCCAACUCCGAGGGCUCCGAGGUCAUGCUGAACAGAGUGAUGACCAAAGACAACAUCGGUGUCGCCGUUCUGCUGGAGGUCAACAAGGACAUGUUCUCCGGUGGCAUGAAGCCUCCACAGGAGCAGCAGCUUAUCCUGGUGGCCAACGCCCACAUGCACUGGGACCCCGAGUACUCGGACGUCAAGUUGAUCCAAACCAUGAUGUUCCUGUCGGAGCUGAAGAGCAUCGCUGAGAGGGCCUCAGGCUCCAUGGCGACGGACUCGCCCACCUCCGACCCGUCCUCCAUCCCCAUUGUCCUGUGUGCUGACCUCAACUCGCUGCCAGACUCCGGUGUGGUGGAAUACCUGAGCAACGGAGGUGUGGCCGAGAACCACAAGGACUUCAAGGAGCUCCGCUACAACGAAUGUCUGACCAACUUCAGCUGCAACGGCAAAAACGGCAACUCGGAUGGCAGCAUCACACACAGCUUCCAGCUGAAGAGCGCCUAUGACAGCAAUCUGAUGCCUUACACCAACUACACGUACGACUUCAAGGGUGUGAUCGACUACAUCUUCUUCUCCAAGACCCACAUGAGCGUCCUGGGCCUGCUGGGACCUCUGGACAGCCAGUGGCUGGUGGACAACAACAUCACCGGCUGCCCCCAUCCCCACAUCCCCUCGGACCACUUCUCCCUGCUGGCCCAGCUGGAGCUGCAUCCUCCCCUUCCCCACCCGCUCAACCCCCUCAACGGGCUGCACCUGCCGGUCCACAGUUUCUCCGACAGCAGCACUGCCCAUGAGACCAAGACGCUCAGAGAUUAACCCGGCGUUAACCCAGCCAUCCUCCAGCCAUCCAUCUAUCCAUCAACCAUCCUCCAUCCAUCCGUUCGUCCUCUCGCAGACGAGACUGUGAGGAAUUCAAACUGAGGAAUCAUUGCUCGACUCUUGUCUUUUUGUUUAAGUCAAACAUCCUCCUCUGGUUUUUCCUUUGACUAGUUUCUAAAUGCACACAUGCGAUUUCUGAAUGUAAAAAAAAAAAAAAAAAUCCAGAUUUCUUUCUUCCACUGUUGUUUUUACGUGGUGGCUACGUUAGAUCUGAUACGAAGCAUUUUAGCAUUUUCUGGCCAAAGGAUUUGUCGUCUUUAAUGUGCUCCGACACGCUAAAAUCACUGCAUCAAGAAUCUAAAGGAUGCUGCAAAAAUGUUGUCUUCCCAGUGUAUUAACCUGUACAUAUUAAAGGUAAAACUGCAAAAAAACCCAAAAAACACAGGAGGUCCUCGACUUACAUCAGAGUUCCGUUCCUACGGCCCGACAUAAGUCGAUUUUCGCCGUAAGUCAGAACUCCCGCGAAAAUGUGAACAAAGCCGUUACGUGCAUCACGAUAUCAAUCAGUUAUUCAGAAAAGUCAUGAAUACCAAUGACUUUGAUGCACGUAUGAAUCAUUUUACUAGAAGAUAACAGAAUAUGUUGCUCUGUUUUUACAACUUCAUCUACUUGAUAGCGCUUGGGAGCCAUGAUGAAGGGCAAAAAGUCCGUGAAUGUAGCACAAUCCAAGGUUGUGUACAACUGGAGAAUGUAAACAAAGUCGUGUUAUAGCACCACGUGACGACGUAUUCGUCCGCUCCACUCGCCAACUAGUUCCAUGUAACCAGUUUCAAUGUAACGACGAAACACCGAAGGUCGAGGACGUCGUAAAACGAGGAUCCACCGUAGCUAGUUCCAAUGAAAUGACAUAGUUCGAGGACUUUGGAAACCAAGGACCUGCCCGUAACCAGUAAUGACGAAACGCCAUAGGUUGAGGACAUCGUGAACCGGGAACCCACCCAUAACCAGUAAUGACGAAACGCCGUAGGUUGAGGACAUCGUGAACCGGGAACCCACUCAUAACCAGUAAUGACAAAACGCUGUAGGUUGAGGACUUGGUAAACCGAGAACCCGCCCAUAACCAGUAACGAUGGAACGCUGUAGGUUGAGGACUUGGUAAACCGAGAACCAGCCCAUAACCAGUAAUGACGAAACGCCGUAGGUUGAGGACUUGGUAAACCAAGAACCAGCCCAUAACCAGUUCCGAUGUAACAACGAAGCGCCGUAGAUUGAAGACCCCCUGUAAACACCAAAUAAUUCUGGUGAAAAUGAGAAUUAUGCACAAUCUAAACCUGACUUAAAUGCGUUUUUCAGUCAAUCUUGUUUGCAGUUUAAUGCACUGGUUCAUUUGCUGGACUUACAAUGGGGAAAGUUUUCAGUUUCAAGUCUUUCCUGCUAUUAAAAAACAAGAAAAAAUUGUAUUUCUGGAAAUCUGUAAAUUCAAAAAGAACAGAUUCCUUGGUAUUUUACAGUUUCUGCAGAUUUGUGUCUCUGAUGUGUUUUAACUGACAGUAAAACUGGGAUCUUUAGCCACCAGCAGUCACCAAUUUAAACAAAAAAAGGUGCUACAUUAAUUUCACAGGAGGAUUUUAAAGAGCCGCACUCGAUUUGAAAGGUUUCUGACGUGCAGCUUUUCACCACAUUUUGGUUUUCGGAGCGAAAGCCUGCAGCUGUGUGGUGAAGAGCUGCAGAUUUUACAUCAUGGAAGCCAAAGUUUGCAUCUUGUUUGAUGAUUAAAAGCGAAAAAAAGGUGUAAAAUUGAAGAUAUUGAUGCAGAGUGAGAGUUUGUCUAAUGUAGGCGGCGAUGCUGUUUGUUGUGUUCGUCUGACUGAAGAGAAACUGAAAUACAGACGCAUGCUUUGUAGAAGUCCAGGAAUCUCCCCGCCCACUAGAAAACCAGUUGGUUUCUUUUUUAUGAAAAUUAUUGCAACUUCACCAAAAAAUGUAUGACUUACUGCACAUAGAAUAGUCAUCAAAAGUCAUCAGUAUCUGCACCAAAAUGUCACAGGUUCUUCCACCAAGUUUUAUGAAAUUCGACACGAAAUUCACACCAAACAGACAAAUAAGCAAAAAAAAAUUACAAGACCGAUAAGCAAAAUGUGUAAAGAACUGCUUUACUUUGGGGAAAUUUAAGGCUUUUGUUUAAAGAUUGCGUCCCAGCAAGCAGGAAACGAUUCCACAGCGUUCUUCUUUUAAGGAUAUUUGUCAUUUUUUAAUAAUGUUCCUUGAAGAUGUAUGAUAACAAAUGAAAAACGUUCUCAAAGCAUCAUUUGAAAAUGUUUUCAAGAUGUUACCAAGGCCUCAGAUGACAGAAUAUUUUUCAAAAACGGUCGAACGUUUCACCAGUGGCGAAAUGAGGCACAGUCAGACCAUUCUACAGCGACAAUGCAGCACUGUGGGGAAAGAUCCUACUAUGCAAGGAAAGGUCAUAUUUUUGACUAUUCUGGGGCACCAUCCUGGGCCUAGAUUUGGCCAAGAUGAUUGUGAUUGGUUUAAAGAAAUAAAAACAAGCCAAAUCAUUCUUCUCCUUUCUAAAUAAGGUGCAGUCGGACCAUUCUCCAGAGAUAGUAUGGACUACGCCAGGAAAAUUCAGGUUUUUGACCGUUCUGGGGCACCAUCACUGCAUCCUGGGCCUAUUUCUGGCCAAGAUAAUUGUGAUUGGUUGAAAUAGAAACAAUUAAUCCAGAGUUUUUUUAUUCCCCUCUUGAAAAUGAGGUGCAGUCAGACCAUUCUCCAGAGAUAGUGGACUGUUUAACCACAAUGGAGUGCAGAAAAUUCGACCAACUUUUUUACAAACCGUCAAAAUUUUGAAUUUGAUUGGAAGUUUUGAGCUAAAACAAUGAUUUUGGUUGAUAUUUUUUAAAGCCCAGAGGCCUCGUGAUGCUACUAAUUUGUACAAACGAUGUUGAGGACUUCUACAAAGACUGAAAUCUGUAUUUCAGACGUGAGCAGUUCCACCUCAGUUGAAACCAAACAUGCUCAGCAGCACUUGUCUCAUCUGUCCUCCCAAAAACCCCUGUAGGCAAUAAAAUGUCGAUUUUUUCUGAA